AUGAGGUCUGCAGCUCUGUUGUCCGCUGCGGCGGCCGCGGCCGCCGUGAACGCUGGCCCGACGGCGACCCUGAGGUCCAAGCCCCGCGCUACCGAACUCGAGCCCAUUACCGUGACGGGCAAUGCCUUCUUCAAGGGCAACGAGCGCUUCUACGUCCGUGGUAUCGACUACCAGCCCGGCGGUGCCGCGGCGAACGUCGACCCCCUGGCCGACACCAAGGUCUGCAUGCCCGAUAUCGAGAAGUUCAAGAAGCUCGGUAUCAACGUCAUCCGUGUCUACUCGACCGACAACUCGAAGGACCACGAUGAGUGCAUGAACGCCCUCGCGGAUGCCGGCAUCUACGUUGUGCUUGAUGCCAACAACCCGCUCUACUCGAUCCACCGCUACGAGCCCCACGGCUCGUACAACACCCCCUACCUGCAGAGUGUGUUCGCGACCAUCGAUGCCUUCGCCAAGUACAGCAACACCAUGGCCUUCUUCUCCGGCAACGAGGUCGUCCACGACUUCAAGAACACGACUCUCGCGGCCAAGUACGUGAAGGCCACCGACCGUGACAUGCGCCGCUACAUCAAGGCCCGCGAUUACCGCAAGAUCCUCGUCGGAUACUCGGCUGCCGAUGUCACCGACAACCGCAUGCAGACUGCCCAGUACUUUAACUGCGGCUCGGACGAUGAGCGCAGUGACUUCUUCGCUUUCAACGAUUACUCGUGGUGCACUAGCGACUUCGUCACCUCCGGCUGGGACAAGAAGGUUGAGGCCUUCCGUGACUACGGUCUCCCCCUCUUCCUGUCCGAGUACGGCUGCAACCAGAACGUGCGCAACUUCCGUGAGCUUGAGUCGCUCAUGCACAGCAACAUGACAUCUGUCUACUCUGGCGGCCUCAUGUACGAGUACACCAUGGAGCCCAACAAGUUCGGCAUCGUCGAGAUCAAGGGCGGCCAGGAGAACAAUGGCAAGGACCAGACCGGCGACCGCAAGGAGCUGCCCGAGUUCGCCGCUUUCGCUAGCGCCAUGAAGAAGUACCCCGCCCCUACUGGCGAUGCCGGCUACACCAAGACCAACAAGGCCUCCGAAUGCCCCACCGAGGAUGCCCACUGGGCCGUCGGCUCCUCUACUCUCCCUGACGUUCCCGAGGGUGCCCUCAAGUUCUUCGAUGAGGGCGCUGGCAAGGGCCCUGGACUGAACGGUGCCGGCUCGCAGUGGGCUGUUGACCAGGCCUCGACCUCCGAGGGCGGCAAGAGCAGCAGCGGCAGCACCGAUGGCGGCGACGAUGCCGAGACCUCGGAGAACGCUGCCAUGCGUGGCACCAUCCCCAGCCUCGACACCGCGCCGUUCUUCGUGUCUGGCGCUGUCCUCUUCUUCACCCUUGUUGGUGCCAUUGCCUUGUAA